GGGUUUGCAUAGGAAAUUUCUUCCUAGUCUCAUUGACUAUUCCACAGGCGUACGCGUAGAGAGUAUUAUUGUAAAGAGUAAAGUUGAAUGGAAAUUAGAUAGAGAAAGAGGUACCAAAAUAAUAUGGAUCGAUUGCAAUACAAAGAGGGUGUGUUGUCAAUCCUAAAAGGAGGAAUGGGAUGGUACGACAGUUAUGAUGAAAUCUCUGAAUUCAAACAGCAUUUGCACCAAGAAGAAGUCGGUUUGGCACACGAGAAAUUAAAAUAUGGAUGGGUUUUAUAUGAGACAGAGCAGAGGCAGUAUUCAUAUUACACAAGACAACUCCAAGAUAAGAUCAUAAAGCUGCUCAAACACAUGGCAUCGGAGUAUCUUUCAAGGGGCUAUCAUUAUAUGAUGCAGUUUUGGGGAGUAGUGAAAGAGGAGGGGAAGCAUCACCACCUCUCUUCCUCACACCUCCCUUUUCUUGUUACCCAACUCAGCAAGGGGGUGUGUUGUUGGUACAGGAAGCAAAGUAGGGAUGAAGUGUAUGUUGUCAACGUCGAAGCCGACGGCGGAGAUGAAGAGCAGCUUGGAGGCGUAGUAGGACGGGUGUACCGGAAUAAGCGACCCGAAUCCUCACCGGAUUUGAGGCUCUACUCUGCCCAUGAUUUUCCCAUGCGGGAUAAAGCUGCAGCCUGCGGCUUCAAAGGUUAUGUUGCAUUCCCUGUAUUUGAUUCAAACACUAAUCAAUGUUAUGGUGUGUUGGAGCUCUUGUCAAAUAGUUUCUCUAUGUUAUUAGACACAUAUCUACUUUCUGAAUUGGAUAGAGGACUACAGAUUGCAGACUUGAGGUCCACUCACAAUUGCACAACAAAACGGCGGAAACCUGAGAGCGAAAUAAAAGAGAUACUUGAAUUGGCUAAGAAGAAAGUCCCACAACUAUGUAUGGCACAAGUUUGGGUCCCUUGCCAGCAGUGCCAGUGUGUUAACAUCAACACCAACUUAUGUUGCAUGGAAUUCGUAUAUCACGUCAUUUCUGAAAAUACGAAUAGGGAUUAUGAUGUGCUUGAGUAUCAUGGGGCUAGUGAAUUUCACAAGCUACAAAUAGAUAUUAGGAGCUGCCAUUCAAAUUUAUGUGAUCUCACUAUAUCUAGGAAUCCGAUGGCGCACUAUGCCCAGAUGGCUAGGAUGUCCCGUUCGUUUGCAGUAUCUCUGGAAGACAUCAACAAUAGUAUCAACUUGUAUGUCAUUCAAUUUUUUCUUCAACCAAACAUUAGUAAAGAUUAUUCUCAACAGCAGCUCUUAAUGAUAAUGGCAACGAAGCUCAAAGGCUUUAAGUUUGUAGUAGAUUAUGAAAAGCCUAAUGCAAUUGGAUGCGGUUUAAAUGUGAUGGAGUCCUAUGAGGAAAAUUUUUCCGAGUCGGAGUUCACAACAUACUUGGAGAUUGUUUCUGACUCAUGUUGCCAAAGACCCUCAUCUGAAGAUAAAGUUUGCAAGGGAUGGGUUUUUUCUUGUCAAAAUCUUGCCGAAAGUGACUCAUUACUGAUGUACGAAAAAGUAGAAAAUUUCAUGAAGAGCCUACGAAUGAAACAAGGCUAUUGGAUAGUACAGUUUUGGAAGGCCAAAAUGGAGAAGGAUGGGUGUUAUCUACAAACUCUAGAUCAGCCUUUUGUUGUUGGACGUCUUGCCAUGGGUUUAGCUUCAUUUAGGACGAAAUGUAUGAGAUAUCCCUAUUUUGUAGAUGACCAAGCCAAAGAAGAGAAACUCCCACCUCUUGCGCGUGUCUUCAGAAAUAGGCACCAUGAAAUCUCCCCUGAUCACCUCUUCCCUUACACUACAAAUGAAUUUUCAAUCACAAAUCAUGCAGUGGAUUGUGGUAAUAAAGGAGGAUAUCUUGCUUUACCCGUAUUUGAUGAUGAACACAAUCACAAGUGUGUGGGUGUCCUGGAGUUCCUCGGAUUUGACUAUGAUCAACUUCAAUUAAUCAAAGACGGACUAAAGAUAGCAAAAUUGCGGUGGACUUACACUGACUUUUGCCCAAGAUUCUUACCAUAUCAACCACCUCACAAUUUGGACCAGAUUAUAUAUGGCAAGGAAGAAGCACUGUAUGAAAUCAGAGAAGCCCUUGAACUGUGUGAAUACAUUCCCCAACUUCAUAUGGCAAAUGUUUGGGUCCCUAAUGAAGAAUGUGAUAUUAGUACUAAUAUGAGUUGCAUGAAACUCGCAUUGUCUACUAGUCGUUAUUGCGUUAACUUUACUCCUAGCAAUAGAGUUGAUUGGAUUCACUUACAGACCAGAAAAGAGACAGUACUUGGGAUGGUAUUGGCAUCUGAAAACAAAUCAUGUUUUUGUCACUAUGAGGUGAGUAAUAGAUGUGAGGAUUAUUUUGCAAUUUGUUUGCAAAGUUCGCUCCCUGAAGAUGACCUUCUUUAUGUUGUGGAGUUCUUUCUCUUGCCGGGUCCUCCAACAUAUCAAUAUAUUCGGUCCUUCUUGAACUUUCUACUGCCAAUAAUACAGCAUGAAUUCAAAUCAUUUAAGUUGGCAUGUGGGAAACAACUAGGAGAGGAAUUGGUGGUUGAAGUUAUUGAAUUUUCUGAUGCAAACAAACUUGAUUCAUCUGAUUCAGAGCACACAGAUGUGUUUCCGAUCAAAUUCAAAAGUGUGCAGUACAGUCAACAUAGUGAAGAACAACAUACAGAAGAACACAAUGUUGCUGCUUCAAAUUCCAAGAGAAAAGAGAAAGGAAAAAGGAAAACAGAAGAACCUAGCAUUACUGCCUCAGAAACCAAUAGCAAAGAGAAAGGAAAACAAAAAAUAGAAGAACCUGUUGCUGAUUCCAAGACGAGAGAGAAAGGAAAAAGGAAAAGCGGUCGUAUGAAUCUUAACCUUGAGAUUCUCAAACAACAUUUCGGGAAGCCCCUAAAAGAUGUUGAAAAAGAACUUGGUGUUGGAAGAUCAACAAUAAAGCGUGCAUGCAAAGAGUAUCACAUUGAUAGGUGGCCAAAUAAAGAAGAACACAUAAAGAAUCUGUCCCUCAUUCAAAAACAGAGUGGUAGGGAUUCUCAGCAAGAUACAAGCAAUGAAUACACUCAUCCUGUCAUUGUUGUUGAGGAGGAGAAAGAGAAGGUGAUGAUAAAGGUGAAAUACAAAGAAGAUACAAUAAAGUUUGAGUUAUGUCUCUCCUUGGGAGUGAGUAAGCUUUUUGAAGAAGUGGCUACAAGACUGAAACUGAAGGUGGAUACUUUCAAAUUGAAAUAUGUGGAUGAAGAUAAUGAUGAGAUCUUAUUAGCAUGUGAUGCUGAUUUACAUCUUUGUCCAAAGACUCUGACGGCAACAGGCCGGACUUGUAUCCACUUUUUUGUUCAAAUAAUUUCUAAAUAAGCUCAUAUGGAACUUAGACAUUCUACGCUUGAUGGUGGCUGUAUCAAGACUCUUUGUCCAUAUAUUUCUCUUAUUCUUGAAUUUCCGGUGUGAAACCAUUUUUUCUGUCGAUACUACAUGUAACCAAACAGUUACGAAAUUCAAAUAAUUUUAAUGCGUGUAAUUUUUAUGAA